AUGGUCAGUACGCGCGAGUCGGUCACGAGGAAGCUGUAGGAUGCUGACACCGCGUGAGGCGCUCGUAGGAUCCCACAUCGCCAGAACAUGGUGGUGGUGGUGGCGGUGGUGGGAAUGGUGGGAAUGGUGGGAAUGGUGGGAAUGCGACUCACACCGCCAAUCUCACCGUCACCGCCAACCCAACCGCGCACGCCCAGCCCGCGCCGCAGCCGCAGCCGCAGCCGCAACCGGGCGUACUAAUAGCUGACGAGUCACAGGCUGGCGGUGGUCGUGGCUCGGCGUCCCCGUCUCCCGGCACAGCGGGCCCGCCGACGGUCGCGCCGAUGGACAUUGAUAUCGUUUCCGUUGAUGAUCGUAAGUUGUCGGUCGGUCUCUGAUCGGUUGACGGUGUAGACGCCGGGGGGGUGGCGGACGGGUGGCGGACGGGUGGAGCCACUGCGGUCGACGCAAAGGAGGGGUGUCCCAUGCCCUCACUUCCGCCUAGCCUUCUCCAGCAUACCACAUGCAUCCAUGCUCCGUAACACCACAAGUCCCUGUACUGAAACCCCAACCUCCCCGUCUUCCCCUGCACCGCACCAACAGACGAAGGCUUCGCCAACAAGCACUUGACCGACAUGGGCGAGGAGGUGCACGACUUCAAGGUCUUCACGUGGAAGCUCAGCGACUACCGUAGGGCCGACAAGCGAUUGCUCUCGCCCGAGUUCUCGUGUGGAGGCCACAAGUGGUGAGUGCUCGCCCUUCACACAGGACAGGGGCCGGAGAUCGGAGAUCGCCCUGGGCUGCGCCUGCUGGCUUGGGGGGGUCGAGGUCGAUCGGUGGCGGUGGGGAUGACUAUCACGAACCACAACGAAACUAACUCUCAUCGAACCUCAGGAACGUGCUCUUGUUUCCGAUGGGCAACUCGAACGGCCAAGCCAACGACAUGGUCUCGGUCUACCUCAACUAUGGCGACCAGAAAGCCUCGGAAGGCUGGCACGUCUGCGCCCAGUUCGCACUCGCCAUCUCCAACCCUUCCGAUCCGACCGUCUACAUCCAGAGUCGUAAGUGCACGCUCACUUCCCACCGGUGGCGGCCGACCGUGCUGACAUCUCGCGGCGAUCGAUGACCACCGCCACGCAGAGGCGCACCAUCGAUUCACCCAAGAGGAACAAGACUGGGGGUUCACCCGCUUCGUCGAAUUGCGCAAGCUCUUCUCCGUCUCCGAAGGGCGACCGAAACCCAUCAUCGAGAACGACGAGACCAUCAUUACCGCUUUCGUCAGGGUCCUCAAGGAUCCGACCGGUGUGCUGUGGCACAACUUUCACAAGUCAGUUGUGGGAAUACAUUUCUGGGGCCCUACCUCACUGAUGCACUUUGCGCGUUGUUACAGUUACGACUCCAAGAAGCAGACGGGCCACGUCGGGCUCAAGAACCAAGGCGCGACGUGCUACAUGAACUCGCUGCUCCAGUCCCUCUUCCUCACCAACAGUUUCCGCAAGGUCGGUCCAACGGAACGCUUACAUUCGUAAAGGAAUCUCCUCUGAUGUGAACCUCUCCAAACCCCCUUGACCCCCAGGCCGUAUACCAAAUCCCGACCGAGGACGAUACGACCGAUACCGUCCCACUCGCCUUGCAACGCGUCUUUUACAACCUCCAGACCUCGGACCAAUCUGUUGGCACGACCGAGUUGACGCGAUCGUUCGGCUGGAAGGGCUUUGAUUCGUUCUUGCAGCAUGACGUGCAAGAGUUCAACCGUGUCUUGUGUGACAAGCUCGAGACCAAGAUGAAGGUGCGUUUGCGUUGCCGAGCAAGCCCAUCAACACGGAGGGAUGGGUAGCUGAUUUCGCCGCUAGUGGCUUCGCGCAGGGCACGGCAGCGGAUGGGGAAAUCAAGCGCCUGUUCUCUGGCUCGAUGAAGAGUUACAUCAAGUGCAUCGACAUCGACUUUGAGUCCGCGCGCACGGAGGAUUUCUACGACAUCCAACUCAACGUCAAGGACAUGCCCAACCUCGAGGCCUCGUUCAAGGACUACAUCGCGAUGGAAACUCUUGAGGGCGAAAACAAGUACAAUGCCGAGGGCUUUGGGUUGCAGGACGCCAAGAAGGGCGUCAUCUUUGAGAGCUUCCCUCCGGUCUUGCAUUUGCAGCUCAAGAGGUUCGAGUACGAUAUGCAGAGGGAUCAGAACGUCAAGGUGGGUUCUUAAGUGGUCGGAUCAGGCUUCGAUUGUUGUGACAUAUGUUGAGACGUAGAUCUUCGCGGCCCACAGAUCAACGAUCGACACGAGUUCCCUCUCGAAAUCGAUCUCGAACCGUAUUUGUCCGAACAAGCCGAUCGUUCCGAGUCGUACAACUACAAAUUGCACGGCGUGCUCGUCCAUUCCGGCGACGUCCACGGCGGGCAUUACUUUGUGCUCAUCAAGCCCUCGGCCGACGGGCGUUGGUUGCGCUUCGACGACGACCGCGUCGUCCCCGUCACCGAUCGAGAGGUGCUCGAGGAUAACUUUGGUGGCGAACCUUUGCUCAACAACGGCGCGCACCCGCCCAAUGCCAAGCCGGCGAUGAAGAGGUUCACGAACGCCUACAUGCUCGUGUACAUUCGGGAAUCGCGGGUCAAGGAGGUCCUGGACCCGAUCACGGUAGAGCAAGUGCCUGAGCACCUUCGUUUACGAUUGGAGAGGGAAAGGAGGGACGCCGAGAUGCGCAAGAAGGAACGCGAUGAACAACAUAUGUACUUGACCGUCAAACUCGUCACGGACGAGACCUUUUCCAAACACCAAGGCUUCGAUCUCGCGACCUUUGACGAUCGGACCGUUGCCGCGACCGAGUUGCCGACCUACCGCGUACUCAAGACCAAACCGUACGUCGUCUUCCGCGCCGAGAUCGCUCAUCAAUAUGGGUACAACCCAGAGGACAUUCGUUUGUGGGUCUUGGUUAACCGUCAGAACAAGACCGUGCGACCGGACGCGCCGAUCUCGGACGGGGAUCCGACGUUGACGAUGGAGGUCGUGAGGGAGAAGAUGGCGUCUCGGCAACAGGACUUCAAGCUCUAUCUCGAGUACAUCUCGAAGGAGGAGAAGGCCGAAUGGCAAAAGAACCACCAGAACGAACCUCCGAUAAUGAUCUUUGUCAAGAACUUUGACGUCGCGCAUCAAACCUUGGCUGGGUUGGGUCACUUCCACGUCCAUCGCCAUAUGCGUGUGUUGGAUUUGGCGCAGAUGAUCAACGAUCGUAUGGGGUUCCCUCCUUCGACGCCGUUGAAGAUUUACGAGGAGAUUAAGCCGAAUAUGAUCGAGUUGAUGAAGAUGAAGGCGACGUUUUUGCAGAGUGAGAUUCAGGAUGGGGAUAUCGUGUGCUUCCAAGUCGAUAUGACGGAACGGGAUUCGCUGUACGUUUGUUCUCUCUCGUCCGUUCGGGGUUGGAAUUGUGGAGGCUAAUCGUUCUUUGCUCGGUCUUUCCACCCCGCGCAGACCACAAGACCUCGACAAGCAAAACAUGUUCACGACGCCGAUUCAGUUCUACGACUUCUUCCUCAACCGCGUCGUCGUCACCUUCAGGCCCAAGUACGAGGAUGCGAACGCUCGGGAGGAGUUCGAGAUCACGCUCAGCAAAAAGAACAACUACGACCAAAUGGCGGGGAGAGUCGGCGAACGGCUUAAGCACGACCCGCUCAAGUUGCGCUUCACGCAAGCCAAUGGUCAGAACGGGCAACCGAAAACGAUCGUGCGGCGCCAAGGGAGCAUGACCGUCGCUGAGCUCGUCUCGCCGAGUUACAACAUGACCCACGCCGCGAACUUGUUGUAUUACGAGAUGCUCGACGUGUCCAUCAUCGAACUCGAGACCAAGAAGAGUCUGCGCAUCAGUUGGGUCGGGCCGACGAACAAGGAGGAAUCGUCGCAUGGUUUCCUAUUGCCCAAGAACACGACCAUUCACGAUUGCGCGCAGGAUUGGUUGCGCAAGGACGUGAGGAUGCAGAACGGUGGUUCGGGCGAGAUCCGUAUCUUCGAUAUCGUCAAGGGGACCAUUCAACGCAUUUACACGGGCAGCGAACUCGUGCGGGACGUUUCGGACCAAACGGAGUUGUUCGCCGAGGAGGUACCUCUAGAGGAAGCGAGGGCCGAUGAUGGUUCGCGCGUCGUGCCUUGCUUCCACUACAACAAGGACCCAUCACGAACGCACGGCAUCCCCUUCCGGUUCGUCCUCAAACCGCACGAAGCGUUCGGCGAUACGAGGAAGAGGUUACAAGCUCGUUUGGGUUUGGGCGAUAAAGAGUUCGCCAAGAUCAAGUUCACCAUGUUGCAGACCGCAAUGUACCACAAGCCGAUGCCGUUGAACGACAGCGACGUCUUGUUCGACCACAAGUGGCAGGACGACGAUUUCAUUGGUCUUGAUCACCCUGAUAGGCGGCGAGCACCGGCUGAACGAGGGGUGCAGAUCAAUGGGUAG